ACACAAAAUCAAAACAAUCAUCGGUAAACAAAUUUAUUCCGUGGCAGCAAAACAUUUUAAAAAUAAGAAACUUAUGCCAUCGACGGGGUACUUGCAAAUGAUCCGACACCCUCGUCUGCAUUGACAAAUCAACAGAAAACGUCAUGCUAACUGACGAGGAAAAGGAAAUAUUGGCCCACACAUCGUGUGACAAUUCGAGGAUAUUUCUUCCAUUUACGGAUGACGACACACUGGACCGAUAUACGGUCCCGGGAAAAUUUACUGAUAAGGACGGUUUUCUCGAAUUAUCACCCUUACAAAGCAAGCAUUCUGUAAAAUGGCAACGAAUCGACGAAAUUUGUAAGAACAAAAAACCAAAAAUUGUGUACGGUGAACAUGUUGAUUGGAACAGCGUUAGACAAUCCGUUGUGGGCGAUUGUUCGUUUCUUUCAUCGCUGGUCGUCGCUGCUCACUACGAGAAACGAUUCGCCAAACCAUUGAUCACAUCGACAAUUUAUCCGAGAAAUAUCGACAACAUACCCGUUUACAAUCCGUGCGGACAAUAUGCGAUUAAAUUGCACAUGAACGGCAUAGAGCGAAAGAUCGUCAUAGAUGACUACCUACCCGUUUCACAAUAUAAUCAACUGUUAUGUGCACAUUCCAGCAAUCAGUCGGAGUUUUGGGUAUCUUUGCUAGAGAAGGCCUACAUGAAAUUGAUGGGCGGAUACAAUUUUCCAGGUUCGGAUGGGGGUCGUGAUCUACACGCUCUAACUGGAUGGAUACCGGAACUUAUUCAAGUCCAGGAUGACGAUCCCAAUUUCAAUACCAACAAUUUGUUUGACCAACUAAAAACUGCAAUUAACGACGGUCGGUGCUUAAUUACCGUCAUAACUAGUACUGAAAUUUCUGAAGAAGAAGUGAAACGUUCUGGUUUGGUUGCACGUCAUGCAUAUGCAGUUUUGGAUAUGCGAGAAAUUGAUGGUGUCAAAUUGCUGCAAUUGAAAAAUCCAUGGUCACAGACCCGUUGGAAAGGAAAUUACUCCGAAUACGAUAUUGUUCAUUGGACGAAGAAAUUGCAGCAAUUGUUGGAUUACGAUCCGAAACAGGCCACGAGAGUGGAUAAUGGAGUGUUCUGGAUGGACUACCAUUCACUUUUGUACUACUUCAGGACGUUUUCUGUGAAUUGGAAUCCGGCUUUGUUUCAGUUUACUGAUGUAAUCCACGAAAAAUGGAGCCCUGGUAAUGGCAUUGUUGCGCAGACAAUUGGCGACAGUCCACAAUAUUCGUUGACCGUCGGAUCUGGGACCGGAUCAGUUUGGAUCCUACUCACCACGCAUGUAACAUGUUCCGAAGACAUCUGCCAAAAAAGAGAGUUUCUACGCCUUCUGGUUUAUUUGAACAAUGGACGGAAAGUGAUUUUUCCGCGCGAUUAUUUCACGGAUGAAAAACGAAUAAAUAAUCAACAUUUUUUGGCUAAACUCAGAUUGGAUGCAAACCAGGCGAAAAAGUACACUCUGGUUGUGUCACAAUUCAGUAAGAUAGCGACAAAUUACUACACAAUGCGAAUAUACUGCGGUACGUCGUUUGAACUGAAACCCCUUGCGCGUGAAUACUUUGCAAACGUUAAGAAGUUGUCACACAAUAUGCGUAAUUUUUUACAUUUUUAGAUCUGUUUUCUGUUAAAAUUUUUAUUGUUUAUUUGGCGCUAUGUGAUGAAAUGAUAAAUGUUUCUUGUAUACACUGCCUCACUCAAGACAAUAAACUUGAAAGAAUUUGCCUUAAA